AUGGCGGCGGGUUGCUGCGGGGUGAAGAAGCAGAAACUGUCCAGUUCGCCCCCCUCUGGCUCGGGUGGCGGUGGUGGCGCCUCCUCCUCCUCCCACUGCAGCGGAGAGAGCCAGUGCCGAGCCGGGGAGCUGGGACUAGGAGGCGCCGGUACGCGGCUCAACGGGCUAGGAGGUCUAGCCGGAGGAGGUAGCGGCAGCGGCUGUACCCUCUCUCCCCCCCAGGGCUGCGGCGGCGGCGGCGGGGGGAUCUCCCUGUCGCCCCCUCCGAGCUGCGGAGUGGGGACCCUACUUUCUACCCCGGCCGCCGCCACCUCUCCCUCGCCCUCCUUGUCGUCCGCCGCCUCGUCCUCAUCGCCCGGCUCCCGGAAGAUGGUGGUGUCAGCGGAGAUGUGCUGCUUUUGCUUCGAUGUGCUCUACUGUCACCUGUACGGAUACCAGCAGCCCCGGACCCCCCGGUUCACCAACGAGCCCUACCCACUGUUUGUAACAUGGAAGAUUGGUCGAGACAAAAGAUUGCGUGGAUGCAUAGGUACUUUUUCUGCCAUGAAUUUGCAUUCAGGACUCAGGGAGUACACACUUACCAGUGCCCUUAAAGAUAGCCGUUUUCCCCCAAUGACAAGGGAUGAGCUGCCACGGCUAUUCUGCUCAGUGUCUCUGCUCACUAACUUCGAAGACGUCUGUGAUUAUUUGGACUGGGAGGUGGGUGUACAUGGCAUUAGAAUAGAAUUCAUCAAUGAAAAAGGAUCAAAACGCACCGCCACCUAUCUACCGGAGGUUGCAAAGGAGCAAGGAUGGGACCACAUUCAGACCAUAGACUCCUUACUGAGAAAAGGAGGAUACAAAGCUCCAAUUACGAAUGAAUUCAGGAAAACCAUAAAACUGACCAGGUACCGUAGUGAAAAGAUGACCUUGAGCUAUGCUGAAUACCUUGCUCAUCGCCAGCAUCAUCAUUUCCAAAAUGGCAUUGGGCAUCCCCUUCCACCAUACAACCAUUAUUCCUGA